AUGCACCUCCGUUCCCUUUGUCUGGCAUACACGGUCAGCCUCGUUGCUGGAACUGCUCUUCCUCCUUUGGGCUAUGAAAGAAAGGUCCUUCUUGAUGCUCUCAGCAAGAGAGGGGAUACUGGCGAGUCUUGUUACAGUGGCGAUGCGCCCUUGGUCAAGGCUCCAAAGACCAAUGUCUGGGCCCCUAUUAGUGCUCAAGACAAUUUCGACGUGUGGACGCUUCUGCACGAUCCGGCAACCGCUUUGAAUUUGACCAAUCCAGAUGACGCCUCACAGACCGACAACUACGUCUUUUGGAUCGACGCCCUUCAUAUGAACAAGACAGAUGUGCUCCCUUACAUUGAUGGCGACGGCCCCGAGCCACCCAAGUAUGCUAGAGCGAUCAUCUUUGAGGGUGGCAAGGCGGAGCCCGACUCUCAGGAAUAUAUGAUUGGGCCUCUCCCAGUCUCCGAGUCGACGACUGUGCAAAAGCUCGACUACAUUUACAAUGGCGGAAAAGGUGGAUCUGUUCCAUUUGACGCUCGAUAUGUCGACGGCGUCAAGUCAAGUGCUCUCACGCCGCUGAUCACUUCCACCAUGAGCAACAUCUCUGACAUAACCGCUGCUCUGUUUGACGGAGGUGUCUACUUCGGACCUUCAGACGAUCGAACGACGCUUACGAUGACUUCGGGCACUCCGGUCUCGUUUGAUGGAUCUCAAGGCUUCCGCAACAUUUUGUUCAGGCUUCCGGGGUCCGGCUCAUACCUGAGCCCCAUUGACUUUUACCUGCUCGUUGAUUGCUCGGGAACCGACCCUUCGCACUAUUCGAUUAAAGGCUACGUUACCAAUAGUAAAUUCUACCCCGACGAGUCCUCCCUAAGAGCCGCCUUCGAGGCUGGUGAGAUAGCGGAAACUUAUGUCCAGCCUCGAGACCAAAGUUGGACAGACGUUGACUACAAGCCCGAGCUUGGCGUCCGCGCCCUCGAGGACAUGUUUGCACCCCAGACCAUUGAGCUUGGCGGCAAACGGUACAAAGUUGACCCGGAAGCCCAAUACGUUGAGUACAUGGGAUGGAGCUUCUACAUGUCCUUCUCGCGAACAUUGGGCAUCAUGUUUUACGAUAUCAAAUUCAAGGGUGAAAGAAUCGUCUAUGAGCUCUCUUUGCAGGAAGCUAUGGCCCAAUACGCCGGGACGCAACCCAAAGCAAGUAACACGGUGUACCAUGACACCUAUUACAGCCUUGGGACGGAUCUGGCGACUCUGGUGGAAGGCUACGACUGCCCGUUCGGCUCGACUUUCUGGAAUGUUUCCUACCAUGAGCAAAACCAUACCACUGUGAACCAGGACGCCAUCUGUAUCUUCGAGCAGGACACAGGUGUCCCGCUCUCCCGCCACCGCUACGGCAGCAGCGCCGGAGAUUACCCUUUCAGCAAGCUCGGAGUUGUCAAGGACUCUCAACUAGUUGUCCGUGCUAUUGCGACCGUUGGUAACUACGAUUAUUUGUUCAGCUAUGCCUGGUUUUUGGAUGGCUCUUUCGAGGUUACAGUUCGUGCCAGCGGCUUUCUACAGUCGAGCUUCUACUAUCCAGACCAGAAGAAGUUUGGACCACGCAUUGCCCCGGCAACCCAGGGGUCUCUACACGACCAUAUCCUUACAUGGAAGGCGGACUUCGACGUUAUCGACACGGCGAAUUCUUUCGAGAUCAGUGACCUCGUUGUCGUGAACCAGAGUCAACCUUGGUUCCCCGAACUUGGAGAAUUUGAGCAGUUCGAGAUGAACACCACCUACCUGGAGACGGAAGAGAGAUUCAACUUGGCUCCUAACGCCAAAGCGAUGUACGCAAUUGUGAACCAGAAUAAGACGAAUGUGUGGGGUGAGAAGCGUGGCUACCGCGUUGUUCCCGGAAAGUCCAACAUACACCUUACCGUACUGAACUCGCCGUGGUCUUUGAAAAACUCGGAGAUGGCGAAAUACCAUCUCGCUGUGACAAGGCAGCACGACACUGAGCCAUUCGGCAACUCGGUGCAGAACGUUAACCUGCCUCUGGCGCCUCAGCAGGACUUCUCCAAGUUCUUCGACAACGAAUCAAUCGUGCAGGAAGAUCUGGUGCUUUGGUUCAAUCUCGGCAUGCACCAUUUCACUCGCGCGGAAGAUAUUCCUGUCACGCUGUACACGGAGGCUGUGUCCACCAUUCUGUUCGCACCACAUAAUUUCUUCGACCGCGCUCAGGACGGGGAUCUGCUGAAUCGCCGCUGGAUCGAGUAUAACGCGACGACGGACGAGAUCACUUUCGAUGCCUAUGGAGUCGAGUUGCCAAACUGUGCUAUGAGCCUGCCUGAGCCAGUCUAUGGCAUUUCCCCGACCGUAGAGGAGGAGCUGCAGGUGAGCUCGCCAUAA